AUGUUUUAUUUAAAUAUUGGACCAAGUGUUCAGCCAAAUGGAUGUAUAGCCGCAGAGGCGUUAUCAGGGUUCAAUUCGACCUUGUACUCGUUAGAAAACCCAAGAUGGCGAUCGGAACUACAGAUCGAGCAACAGGUGAAAGUGGCGAUACCAUUUUAUAAUAACCCAAACUAUACUUCAUAUCCACUGAAUAUCGACAUGAGGAAAUUUGUGAGGAAUCAUCGAGAAGGAUCGCAGUAUACAACGCCCAAAAUGAUCAAUGUGUAUCCAUAUAUGUUUAUCACAAAACCGGAAGUGACGUGUACAAACAGUACAAAAUUGUUGUUUGUUAUCAAAUCAGCACCAAAAAACAAAAGAGCUCGACAAGCUAUUCGUGACACGUGGGCAAAUGAGGAGAGUGUAUUCGGGAUAAAACGAGUGUUUGUAUUGGGAAGGACAAAGGUGUAUCAUAAUGAUGUUGAACAAGAAAUAAAGACACACAAGGAUAUACUACUUAUAGACUACGAGGAUAGCUACUACAUGAACACGUGGAAGUUACGUGGUGCUUUAAUCUGGGCCGGGAACUCGUGUACAGAAUGUGAUUACGUCAUGUUGGUUGAUGACGAUUAUUACGUAGCCACAGAUCUGUUACUACAGCAACUAGAGAUGACCGGAAACAGUAAUGAAUCUCUAUACAUGGGAUGGGAGCGGGAAUACCCGGGACCCUCCGAACGCAACUACCUGGUCGCCAAUCAUCGAAUUAGUCCAGUUCCACUACACCACGAAGACCAUCUCGUACCAUCAGACUUCCGCUAA